GUUUUGCCCGGACUCAUUUUCAGGUGUAAAAGACGUUCACUUCCGCUUUUACUCUUUUCGGGGUUUUGUUGUUUGUUUGUUUUUUGGUUGAGGUGCUGUUCGUUUUAGUAAAUAUGCAGCAACGAGAGGAGAAGCAGUUGGAAGCAUCUGUUGAGUCUCUGAUUUCUCGAGUCGCACAUCUGAAGAAUUCUCUACAAAGUUUCAUCUAUAAGCUGGAAAAUGAAUACGACAGAAUGGCAUGGCCCUCAGUGCUGGACAACUUUGCACUUUUGUCUGGGCAGCUAAACACCAUCAACAAGCUGUUACGUAAUGAGAAAACUCCAUCCUACCGGAACCAGGUCAUCAUUCCCCUGCUGCUGUCACCUGACAGAGACGAGGAGCUUGCAAAAUUGACAGAGCAGCGUGUGCAUGUGUUCAGCCAUGAGAUCGUACCGGACCACCUGAGGACAAAACCCGACCCAGAAGUAGAAGAGCAGGAGAAACAACUGAGUGCAGAAGCUGCCAGGAUUGGACAGGAAGUAGCUCAGAAACAGAUCCAGACUCUGAACAAACUCUGCUCGAGCCUUUUGGAGAAGCUCAACAACCCUCGCGACGACAGAGAUGCAGAAACUUCAGCAAUGCGCCAGAACAAACAGUGGUUUAACCCAACUGACACCACCGCCCUGGUGGCAGCAGUUGGCUUUGGGAAAGGCUUGUCCAAGUGCAGACCGCCUGCUUCAGUGGCUCCUGGACAUCCGGGACAAACCAUGAUGACGGGGGGGCCCACACUGCAGCAGGUGACCAUUGGGCCUUCUGGACAUCAGGCGGGCAUCGGAUCAUCUGUGGCACAACAGCAGCCUGGCCAGCCUGGGAAAAUGCCAAGCAGCAUUAAGACAAAUAUCAAGUCGGCUUCAAUGCAUCCUUACAACCGAUAACUGCGGAAGCUCAUAUUCAUCUUGAGCAUCUGUAACAAGGAGUGCAACAAAUCCUGUAAUAUUUAGCGCUUUUUGUGUGUAUGUUUUUUCUUUAGUAAACACUGUGUGAAUUUACCUUAUUCUUUCUCCUUAUGUCUUAUGUGAAAUUGUACAAAUUUUUAAAUGGAAUAAGUUACCACUGUAGAUUUGGUUGGGGAAUAAAAGCUUGUUUUCCCCC